AUGCCUAUCAAAGCAGGAUGGAGGAAAGACAUUGCUUAUCGAACAGACGCCAGACCUAGUUCGUUUGCUCACCUGAAUACUGACUGUCUCGAUCGCCUGCCACCACUACCCUUUGCCUCUUUAUCGGUAUUGAAUUUCAGGAAACGAGAUCCGCCUUUAUGUAUCCCUUUGCCAGUAACGGAAUUGCCGCCGCUUAGAAGAGAUGGACGUUAUUUCGAGAGAAAUCGUCAUCGAACGUUGAUUGGUUCGGGGAUCACGGCGGCCUUCGCCGACACGAACAUAAAACCAAUUCUUCGUCCAACUUGGUACUGUGAAGAUCUCGCGCGUAAAUAUAAUUUCAUGGAAAGUACACCCUGGCCUCGGCAUCUAGAAGCAGCCUCAGGAUUUCUCCCGGCACUGUCUGUGAUUCGACGCCAUGGCCAGCGGACUAGAGAAGCGGAAGAUGAAAGGUUUGAAAUCAAUUCUCGGGCCUACCUCUUGAUGAUCUCAGAGGGAAUCAACAUGUAUGCUAACCGUUUCGUCGACAAAGACGCUGAAGGGGGUUGGGGUAAAGAUGGAUUAUUUAAAUACGACUGUUAUGGGUUACCAGAGGACAGAGCCCAGGAGAAGGAACAGGGAGAUUACCGCCUGCAUGGGCUAGCUAUUUCCACGUGCCUGCUGGCAACAAACGAGCUAACGAAUCCUGACGCAUUGAACUCACAGACAUACACAGUAAUAAAGCGCAGCCACCGCCAUGACAGGAACACGCUCUUUUCAAUGGCGCACUGGCUUCGAGUCCGCAAACAAACUGACAGAACAAAGAACAGAUCCAAACAAGCAAUGUCUCCCGAGGGGAUGGGACCUCGGGCUGGGAGUAUAACGGAAGUCAUGAGCGGUGACGAGGUCAUGUCCGCUAAUUUCCAAUUCAAUUUAUAUGUGAGCAGAGUGAACUGUGAACAUGAGAAGGGGAGUCGAACCUAG